AUGAUCCCGUAUAAUUUAAGUCAUGACAUGUGCCGUUCGACAUCAUAUUUUAUCAUUUCCGUUCGCAACAGCUUCUUAAUCGAGUCAAGGCUUACUACCUUUCUGAUUUCAGUCGCUAGAGCUUCCCUCAUUAUACUGCAAUUAUCUCUUAGCUUAGAAGUUAUGAGUUGGGUCACAUCAUGGUUAACCAUAAACGAUCCUUCUUUUACUAGCACGUACUUAUACAUGGGUCAUGAAGUUAAGGGAGUUAUGGAAGUAGGAAUGUAA